CUUGUUUAGGUACCAAUUUGUGUUUUGCGAACGCCUUCUCCUUUAGCCCGUUUGCAUCCUUCUUCCCCGGACCCCGGCCACCGGCAGCAGAGAUGCGCACCCGCGAGGAGGUGGACGCGACGUUGCAGAUCGCGAAGCUGAACCCCUCGGAGCUGCUCCCCGCCGUGCACUGUUUGAGCUUCAGUCCCGGGGCCAGCGGCGCCACGGCCGGAGACUUCUGCCUGAUGGAGCUUGAGCCUGCGCUCUGCCAGCAGCUGGAGGCGGGGCACAGUCUUGUGAUCCGUGGUGACAAAGAUGAACAGGCAGUGAUUUGCAGUAAAGAGAAAACCUAUGAUCUGAAAAUAGCAGAUACUUCAAAUAUGUUGCUUUUUAUACCAGGGUGCAAAACUCCAGAUCAAAUAAGAUCUGAGGAAAUGCCUCCUAAUAUAAUUCACACUGAGAUCUUUGGUUUUGCUAACAAUUAUUGGGAAUUAAGAAGAUGUAGGCCAAAAUUAAAGAAACUGAAGAAACUUUUGAUGGAAAAUCCAUAUGAAGGGCCUGAUGCUCAAAAGGAAAAGGACUCAAAUUAUUCAAAAUAUACAAUGGCAGAUUUUCUUGAUCAAAUUCAAGCAAGCGAGGAGGAAAUUGUGGCCCAUUUACAAGUCCUACAUGCCUGUGAAAUUGGAGGUUACUGGAGGAGCCUUGAAUUUGAUUAUGAAAUGAAACUCUUAAAUCACAUAACCCAACUUGUGGAUUCUGAAUCUUGGCCUUUUAAUAGAGUUCCUUUAACAACCUGUCUUCAGGAACUUGGACCAUUGGAACCAGAGAAAAUGAUAGAGCACUGUCUUGAAUGUUAUGGAAAGAGAUAUGUAGAUGAAGGUGAAGUUUAUUUCGAAUUAAAUACUGAUAAAAUAUGCAGAGCGACAGCACAGAUGCUAUUACAGAAUGCAGUGAGAUUCAAUCUCUCUGAAUUUCAGGAAGUGUGGCAACAAAGUGUUCCUGAAGGAAUGACAACUAGAAUGGAUCAGCUGAAGGGUUUAGCACUCACAGAUAAAUAUACUCGUCCAGAAACUAUAUUUUUGCUAAAGGUAGAUGAUUUACCUGAAGAAAAUCAGGAAAGAUUCAAUAGCUUAUUCACUCUAAGGGAGAAGUGGACAGAAGAAGAUAUUGCACCAUAUAUUCAAGAUCUAUGUGGAGAGAAGCAAACAAUUGGUGCAUUGCUCACCAAAUAUGCUCGUUCAUCAAUGCAGAAUGGUGUUAAAUUUUAUAAUUCCAGAAGACCUGUCUCUUAAAAGCCAAACAUCAUAUACUUUAGGUGUUGGAUUAAUUUUUUGUAUUUGAUGUAUUGAUAUUUUGUUGAUUUUUUUUUUUUUUUGUAAAUGUUUAAGCAUUCUGCUUACCUUCAUUUUCAUUUUAGAUUAUUUGAACAAUUGUAGGUAUUUUUAGGUAUUAGUAGCAGUACUGCAUCUACUGUUUUAUAUAUAACAAAAAGAAAAUGACAUUUUCCCUAUUUAGCAUCCCUGUGGUCAGACUCAUAUGUCACCAUUGAACAAGAUGAUUAUCUUUGUGAUGAUUUUUAAAUUUUUUUGGUAAGCCAAUCAGAGUUAAGUGACUUGCCUAGGGUGAGAUAACUGCUAAGUGUCAAGUAUCUGAGGCCAGAUAAGAACUCGGGUCUCCCGAUUCCAGGUCUAGUGCUUAAUCCCCUACACUAACUUACUUGUUCCCCAAAAUUUAUUUCUUGAAUGAGGGUUUGAGAGUUUAAAUGUAAAUUUUAAAAUAACUUUUCAGAGAACUGAAUUACAAAUAACCAUAAUUAUUUCAUUCACAGAGCAUUCUCAAUAAUUUAGAGAAAAUAGGGGUUCAAUGAAAUGUCUAGGAGCUGAAGGUGUAAAAAUAAAAUGAAAAGUGGUCCUUGCCUUCAAGGAGCUUUCAUUUUAAAGGAGGCUACAAUAUAUAAUAAGUAUGUUAGAAAGCAGUUAAUGAAGAGAGAACUAAACCUGGAAGUUGUAGAGGGCCGCAGAUAGUGAGGGAACUCUGAGUAGGGUAUAACAUCCUUCAACCCAGAAGGAACCUGCUGAUAAUGUCUGGUUCCACUUCCCAUCUUCCCUAAGGCUCUCACCUUUCCUGAGAAGUCAAAGAGGGUGUGACCACCUAUGUUCUACUUGAAGCAAGGGAUACUUAUAGUAACAUAUCAAUAGCAGGGUGCUUAAAUAGUUAAUACUUGCCUCAGUGUGCUUUGGUGAUAUUGUUGGCACAUGCUUAGUGUGCUGUAGUGAUAUAAUCAUACUGAAGUAUUUAGGGGCUGAGUGUACUGGAAAUAAAUGGAUUCCAUCUUUGACCAUC